AGAAACUUAGAAAGGUCGUUUGACUUUGUAAAACACUUAUUAUUUAUUUUAUUUUUUUUAACCAAAAAAAAUUAUAUAUAUAUAUCAAAAGAAAUUUAGUCCAAUUAUAUGUUACUAGAAAUAACGGGUAUCUAUUGAUUCCUCUCUGGGAAAAAACAAAAGAAGAAAAAAAAACAACCCUAACCUGAAGGACCGCCAUGGCCAAGAAGCGAAAGCUCCGACCUUCAGAGCCGGAAACCUCCAAAGCACCUGAGCCCCAACCGCCUCCAUCUACGGACCCUCCUCAUGGGGAACCGCAGCUCCAACCCGAAGAAGAAGACCCAACCCAAUGCGUUCCAAUCCAAGAGGAAGAAGAACCCCAACAAAUGGUUGUAGACGAGUCGAAGGAGGACCAAGAAGAACAACAGGAAGAAGAGGAAGAAGUAGAUGAAGAAUUACAAGAACAGGUGGUAGAGGAGGAGGAAGAGGAGGAUAGGGAACACGAUGAGGGCCAGAAUGAAACCCUAAACGGUGACGUUUCGGCGGAAGGAGUCGGAAAUGAAGGAGCUGAAAAUGAAGCUAAUGGAGGAGGAAAUGAAAUAGGGUUAGAUGAUGAUGAGCCUUUGGAGAAGCUUCUUGAACCUUUUUCGAAGGAGCAACUCCAUUCUCUCGUCAAGCAAGCUGCUGAUAAGUACCCGGACUUCAUCGAGUGUGUUCGAGAUCUCGCCGAUGCCGACCCGGCCCACCGCAAGAUCUUUGUCCAUGGCCUUGGUUGGGACACCACUGCGGAAACCCUAAUUUCGGAGUUUAGCAAGUACGGUGAGAUCGAAGAUUGCAAAGCUGUGACCGACAGAGUCUCUGGAAAAUCAAAGGGUUAUGCUUUUAUCCUCUUCAAGCGUCGGAUUGGUGCCAAGAGGGCCCUUAAGGAACCCCAGAAGAAGAUUGGGAGCCGGACCACUUCUUGUCAGCUCGCCUCGGCAGGACCUGUCCCUGCCCCACCUCCCGUUGUCUCGUCCGUGUCUGAGUACACUCAGAGGAAAAUCUUCGUUAGCAAUGUUUCUGCCGAUGUUGAUCCCCAAAAACUGCUUGAAUACUUCAAACAGUUUGGGGAUGUUGAGGAAGGGCCAUUGGGGCUUGAUAGGCAUACUGGGAAACCAAAGGGAUUUGCACUUUUCGUUUACAGGUCGGUAGAGAGUGCCAGAAGGGCUCUCGAGGAGCCUCACAAGAACUUCGAGGGACUUACUUUACAUUGCCAGAAGGCCAUAGACGGUCCCAAACAGAGCGGCAAGCCAUUUCAUCAACAUCAGCAUCAGCAUCAACAUCAUCAGACUCAGCAUCAACAUCAGCAUCACCCCCAUCAUCAACAAUACUACCCCAGGAAAGAGAAGAAUAAGUAUUCAACAGGUGGGACGGGACCAGGCCAUUUGAUGGCUCCUUCGGCACCUGCACCUGCAGUUGGUUUCAACCCGGGAGUGGCAGGCCAACAAGCACUGAACCCAGCUCUUGGACAAGCCUUAUCCGCAUUGCUUGCAACCCAGGGAGGUGGUUUAGGUAUUGGAAAUUUGCUUGGAGGUAUUGGCGGACCGCCUGUUAAUCAGCCUGGGCCACCUGGGGGGUACGCAAAUCAGGCAGCUGGAGGCUAUGGGAACCAACAAGUAAUGCAGGGUGGGUACCAGAAUCCACAAAUGGGGCAGGGCAGUGGUAGGCCUCAUCCUGGCCCUGGGGCACCUUACAUGGGUCAUUAGUACCGAUAUUUGUGACAUUCCCCUUCUCUAAUGCCUCCAUAAGCACAUCAAUCUUUACCUGAUUUUCUACAACAUCUGAAAAAAAGGAUGCAGCUAGAUUUGUGAAGUCUUGCUCCAGUGAAGCUACCAAUAACUUGAGGUUUUUUAUGGCAUCGUCUUUCUCAUUGGUAACCUUGAAAAGCACUCUCUCUGCAUCUAACCGUGCAACGGUUGCAGCUUCUAGUUCUCUUCUGAACUCUUGCUUUAACAGAUUUUCUCUGCCAAUACUUUCUUCUUUUGCAACUUGGGCUUGAUUCUCGUUAUCUUGUAGGCAGGCUGCCAUUUUUUCUGCUUCUGCUGCUAAUUUGGUUUCCAGUAAUUCAACCUGCUGUUGGAGAUCUUUAAGUUUCAUGUCUUUCUCUUGGAAUAUUCGGGUAAGCCUCUCGCUCUCUCUCUCUCUCUCUCUCUCUCUUUCUUAAACAUGUCUGUCAUUUCAUCUUGUACAAGAAGGCAAUUCAUCAUUUGUCUAUAGACUUCUUCUUCUUCUCCAAAAGUGUCUGAGUUACUUCAUCAAUGUCUGCAUUUGGCUGAGCAUUUUUCAUUGUUAGUGCCUCACAAAGAUUUUGUGGGUCAUUGUUGAGACAACUUUCCAUCUGAAUACAGUGAUGUUGGGACACAGAACAUUCCUCAACAAACUUUUUAUGUCUUUCAAGCCCUUAAUCUUUGAGAAAUGAUGAAAGUCUUGAGGAACAUGUUGCCAGUGUCAAAAGAAGAGUAUCCAACAGAAAUGUAUUCGAUUGUGGCUGAUGAAAGUUGCGAUAGUACCGGAGAGAAUGCUACUAUCACUUCUUCUUCAGCUACAACAAAGAAACUUGAAUCAAGUAGCAAUGAAAGAUCACCACUGAAGGAGAGACAGAUAUAAGAAAGAAGAAUGAAUCCUAUCCUAAGCAACCUUAGUAUGUUGGACAGUUAUACCUGCUAGUGUUUUGAAAAAGAUGUGUCAUAAUUUCACCUUUAUGGAUUCUUUAUAUUCUUAUAUAAUCAUGGAUACUCCUCAAGGUUCUGAGUACACCUUUUGGGUUGGUCUAUUUGCAUCAACAAACUCUGAGACUGAGCAGCUUGCUUGGCUAAAUGGAAGAUUCAUUAUUUUGUAAAUCUCUGUUGUAUUCAUUGUGCAUUAAAUGUAUGUACAACAUUCCCUUAUAAAGCAUUUUCUUUUGGUCAUGCUACUAA